AUGUGGCCACAUAAGAAGGGUCUUGGAAUUCGACUAAGUUAUGGAGUUGACGGAAAUGAUGGGGAUGAAGAUGAGUCUUCCAAAUCUCCAGCAAUUCGUUCUAGAGUUAUGGCUACUACUAGUUACGCUAGGUGCCAAGAAGACGAAGUCGUUCUACACGAAGUAUCAAAGUCUGUUUUCGAGUUAGCUCGGAGUCUGACAUCUUCGUUCACGUUGAAUUCAAGAAUGUAUGACAACUUAGAAGUUGCAAUCAAACCAAUUUAUAAGAAAAAUCUUCAUCAAUCAGAAGUCUCAGAAGCGUACGUUCCUGAUAAUAUACUUAAUUCGUAUUUGAUAGAAUCGAAGACCUUGACAUCAACAAUUGCGUACGAUCCAAAUUACGAGAAUCUUUUUGCCUUAUUUAAAGUUCAAAUGAAGGGUCUGUCUCAGACUUUCAGAUCGAUUGCAUACGUCUCUGGAGAAUCAGGAAAUAUUCUAAAUAUUGGCUUAGUCAAUAGUAAGGGAAUUGAAGCUAGAAAUAAAUUCAACAAAGAAUCCUUUAUAAAGUUAUUGAUUCCCGAAUUGUCUAGACUGUUUCAGAUUUCGCUAUCAGAGCCUAUAAAGCAAAUCGAAAUAGCAAGGGAAGUUUUUGAUUACACACCAUCUUAUAUCGUCGUAAGAACAAGCAGUAAGGUUUACGUACUUUUUUGUCGUAUACCUGCAAUACAAACGAAGUCUCUAGUGAAUUUGGAAGUGCUGGUGUUGGGUUGUAUUGAGUCCAAAGACCUAGCCUGCAAUGAAUUGGCGCAUGUAUCAGUAAAUCCAUAUGACUUCUCGCGCUUUGCAGUAAUUGACAUAAAAGGUCAUUUCGGAUUGUGGACAAUUCUGUUUGAUUCUGUGAAGAAAUUCAAUAUGGAUAGCCUGCAAUGCAGUCCAUCAUUGGAAGAUUGUACAGAGUUAUCAAAUUGGAAACGAAUUCAAUGGAUAUAUGAUUCAAAUCAUCUUGUUGUGUUGACAAGGGCGUCAGUUACUCAAUUUACCGUUUCUCCAAAAUUGCAAUCUCGAAGACUCAUAACCUCAAACACUUGGUCCAGAAUUCAAGACUUCGCAACUUUGGGUGAAAGCUCAUUUCUUUUGACUUCGAAGGAAUUGAUUUGGUUUAAAUCAGAGUCUACGAUGACCAGACUUAUGUCCUGGAAGCAUUUUCUCGAUGAUUCUGAUCCUUCCCUAAGAUUUCAAGUUACUGAAACUAAACAGGAAAGGAGAUAUUGUUGUUUGAUUUACUCGCAGGUAUAUUCGUUGAUAUUUGUUUACAAUUUUGCAUAUCGAGAUGGAAAGCCGUUCAGUCUACAUGACCCAUACUAUUUGCGAAGGGAAGGAAGCAAAGCUGAUUUGAGGCAAGUUGCACUAAUGGACAUAAGUAGAGAAUUUUACUACUCAAAUCAAGAGAAGGAUGAUUUUGUUGACGAAAGUGAUUCAGAAUGCAUUAUUUCUAGAAAUUAUGGGCUCUUCGAACUCACGACGGAUCUUUCCCUAACAUUUAGAUGUUUUUCGGAGCUUCCAAAUUAUACAUUAAGUUCUAUUGAUGCCGAUUUGUCGGCCUUAGAAGAAGACAAUAGAAAAGAGAAGAAUCAUCCCACUCAUCUUCAUUUCAGAUCUCUAUCCAAAAAAAAUGUCACGAAGCUAUUAGACUUUCUUGUUGAGCCAGAAGAAAUAUUUUAUGAUCAGUCUCUUCAAAUACAAUCUAUUCAAGAAUAUGCUUAUUCGUUAGGUGAAGGAGCUAGAAAAUUUGAUGAGCGAAGCGCAAGGUACUUUUCUUUGUUAGAUAUUUCUAGCACAGUACCCAAGUUUAUCGAAGAUGUAGCAGAAUUCGACUUAAUGAUUGAACAAUUGUCUUCGUUUUAUGAGCAGAAGGGAAUUACGAUGUCCAGUCUUGUCAAUCGGUUUCUUCAGACUAGCAGUAUUCUCGAUUCUGUUGAAGUUCAAGAAAGUGAAAGAACUCAUGCGAAUGAUAUUUUUGAGUUGCUCUACAAAGCCUAUUAUCCUGGAUCUCAUUCUUUACGAAAGUACAAUAGUAUUAAUGGUCUCAUUAAAUUGGCUAUUCUAUUAACGGCAUCUCUCAUCAAGACGAAGCCUCGUGAAAUAUCGAACCAACUUCGAUCCGAAUAUGAAUUUGUAAUCAAAAAGGCACUGCCAAAGGUUUCCAAUUUGUUAGGGGAAUGGAACUUGGACGCUACGAAUUCUUCCGAAACCAUGAAUUUUGAUUCACAAGUGACCCAAGCAGAUAUCAUGUCUUCACUACCGUCAAUACGAAUAAGAUCAAAUCACACAUCGAACAACUCCAAAUCAAAGUCACUUCGACAAAAAGCGAUCAAGAAUUCACAAUCUCAAACUCCAUCGAACUUGGCACAGUUCUCGCAAUUAACUCAAUUACCCCAACCAAAUAACUUGGUCCUGAUGAGCCAGUAUUUGCCAUCAGAAGAUUUGUUGUUUUCGACACCAGAAUCUUUCCCUUCAUCACAAACCAUGACACCGUCGCUUUCCCAGAAGAGAAGCCUUGGUUCUCAAGGAAAUAAACCUAAGAAGAAGAAAAGGAAGGGUGGGUUUUCAUGA